CUUUAGUCUUUAAUAACUCUUUAUAGUUAAAGUCAAAAAGUUAAAACCAGAAAUAACAUUUAUGGGUUUAAUAUAGAGUGCAGUUUUUUAGACUAUACUCGUAUGGUUUUUGAUACUUUUCCAGUACUUUUGCAGAAGUUUUGCUGUAUCCGACGCAAAUACGUUUCUGAAAAAUGAAGACUGCAUGUUUUCUUAGCAUCGUUAGGGUUAGCUCUCUUUGUUUGCCUAAGGACUAACAGUACGUGGUGGUCGCGAUCCCACACUGAGCACUUCUGCACAGGAAUGCAAUGAAACGCCUUCCCUUCACGCUUCCUCGCUUUGUGAGCCACAGCUUUGGCACUAACGGCGCUCGGGAACCACCAUGCACAUUCGACGAACUGGCAAGUCUCAUGGACCCAGAUCCAGACAAGUCGACAGUGUGGAGGAAAGCUGUUGACAGGGAGAAGAAAGCACUGCUGUUCUAUCAACUGGAUCUCGGUGGUGAAUUACCCAAAUUCUCUAAAUGCGUCUGCAUCGAACCGGAAGCGUUCCGGUUGAACAACCAUACGAAAAUCCAAUUGAUUCCGUCAGUAUUCCUGGAUGACGAUCUCGUUGCAGAUACCAGUGUUCAGACUGCACUGACUGUUGCGCCAGUCAUUAAUUCUACUAUGGACGUUGUCAGACUGCUGCAGUAUGUCGAGCUGUAUCCUGAGACGCCAGAUGAUGAUCCGGAUUGCGGUAACCUGGAAAACGCAACUCACGACAAUGUCGUCGCUCCUUAUAUAAAUCUGGCGAAUGGAGCCAGGGUGGAAGAAGAGAAACAUUCUGAAGUUGAAAAUGGCUGCGAUGACCGCCUAUCAGUAUCUAGCUUGUAUGCUGACUCGGAUGUUAGACCAUCUGCUACGACCACAAAAAACGCACCCCGCAGAAUUGUGAUAAAAGAUGCGUCGAAACCCGCACCAAAGCGACUUCCCCUACCGGAACCAGAACUGAACGAUGCUCAGAUUGCCUACGCUAAACUGGUGAAACACAGUUUAACCCAGCCUGGUCAGCGUAAAGAAGAAAUUUAUCCCGGUGCCGGUCUUCAUGCUCCCACGAUGCUUCUCAAGCGCAUUCGGGACAAAUAUCUGAAGCAGUGCACAAAGCAGAACAACGACCGUGUGAGGAUCCUGAACAGCAAAGGUCCUGGCUCGAUUUUUGCAGUAGAACUGAUCGAUUCUCUUGGAAAAUUUACCGACAGAGUGCACUGGAAUUACACAUCACAGGUGUUUGAUGAGGAAUAUCUGACAAAAAUAGCUCGUUUUAUCGACUUGAAUCAUCCCGAAAUUCUGAACGGUAACAGACCGCUAGCAUCCGUACAGGAUAUCCGAAAAGCCAUACGGGCAAAAUUACAACGAUAUCAUCAUUAUCGGGAGAAGAGAGCGAAACGGCUACCGGUUAAAACACAAAAAAAGUACGAGAACAUUUACAAGUUAAUGAGCAUUUUUUACUAUACCUGUUGAUCGGUUGGCAUUCUGUGCAUUUCUACGAUUUAAACACAGCAAGGUUUAUGUUCUCCAGAACGUCCCAAGUGGAAGCCCGAUAACCCACCCGUUUCAGAUUCUGCCCUUAGCGUUUCACUAAUUUCUCCAGCAGAGAAUAUUUUGUGGAACCCCUUGCUCCCAUUCAAUCAUCCAGGCGUGUAGUGUGUACCACAGUAUUGUAGAUACUCUGAAUGCAAAUAUAACAACAGAAAUACUCUAAAUAUUCUUAUUAACUGUUGCCGCAUUGUAGAGUUUCGGCCGUCGUACUUGUUUCCCAGGUUGGACUAUGUUCCACUAAUCCAAGAUGGAAAUGUUCCUCCAAUAUACGUUAAGAAUACAUGGCGGGAUUAUUUUAUCAGUGCGCAGUCGCGUGUUGACUAUCCAAAAAUUAAACGUUGGAUUCGUGCGAUCAUGUAUCAGAUUGUGGACCAACAAGCCAUAUUUCACAUGUGCUAUCUCUAUAAAAAGGCAGAAGACGGAGAAGGACCGAACUAUACUUUUUUUCAUCACUUUGUCAGCACAGGAUUCGUUAAAACUCUCGAAGAGUUCAUAAACUACCAUACCACCAGUCGCGAACUAAUAAAUAGGGAUACUUUGACCGGCAUCCUAAGCAAAUGGUUUAAAGAAAAUCGGCUUACGGUCUUGAAAAGGAAUAUUUUGAACGCUGAUCCAUUAUCUGUCAACGUGCAUAGCAAGAUCGUUGUUGGAUUAAGGUGUUGAUUUUUGGACCCCUACUCCUGCCCAGGGCUCCUGAAUUCAAGUUCAGCAGUUUAUCCACAAGACUACAAGAGUGCAAUGAGGCGCCUGCAGUUCACACUUCCUUGCAGCCGCACACCCCUAGCCAGCUGCACUUCGGGGUCCAACAACGGUGCGGAACCACCCUGCACAUUCGACGAACUGGCCAAUCUCAUGGACCCAGAGCCAAACACAACGGCAACAGUGUGGAGGAAAGCUGUCGACAGGGAUCAGAAAGCAUUGCUGUUCUAUCAACUGGAUCUCGGUGGUGAAUUACCCAAAUUCUCUAAAUGCGUCUGCAUCAAACCGGAAGCGUUCCGGUUGAGCAGGCAUACGAAAAUCCAAUUGAUUCCGUCAGUAUUCCUAGAUGAUGAUCUCGUUGCUGAUAAAAGCGUUCGGACUGUGUUGCCUGUUGCACCUAUCAUCACUUCUAUUAUGGACGUGGUACGACUGCUGCAGUAUGUCGAAUUGUACCCUGCGACACCGGAUGAUGAUCUGGACAGCGAUAAACAAGUAAAAGUAACUCACGAAAAAAACGUCACUCCUCCUGUAAAUCUGGUGGAAAAAGUCAGCGUGGAAAAGGAGACACAUUUGGAAGAUGAGGACAACCGCUGUGACGAUCUUCUAUCUGGCUUUGACGUUGACUCUGAUGAUGCAACACCGGCUGCGCCCGAAAAAAAUGCACUCCCAAAUACACCGAAAACUGCAUCCAAGCGUCUUCCCCUACCGGAACCAGAGCUGAACGAUGCCCAGAUUGCGUAUGCGAAACUGGUGAAGCACAGCUUAAGCCAGCCCGGAAGAGGCAAAGUGGAGAUUUAUCCUGAUGCCGGUAUUUAUGCUCCCUCGAAGCUUCUUAAACGCAUUCGGGACCGAUAUCUGAAGCAGUGCACAAAGCAGAACAACGACCGCGUGAGGAUCCUAAACAGCAAAGGACCGGGAUCGGUUUUUGCAGUGGAAUUAAUGGAUUCUCUUGGAAAAUUCACGGACAAAGUGCACUGGGAUCAUACGGCUCAGGUGUUCGAUGAAGAAUAUCUGACAAAAGUAGCACGAUUUAUCGAUUUAAACCAUCCGGAAAUUUUGAACGGCAGUAGACCUUCAGCGUCCGUGCAGGAAAUCAGAAAAGCCAUACGUGUAAAACUACGACAUUACCAUCAAAAUCGUGAAAAGAGAGCAAAUGGUUAUAAGUAUAAGCCAAAAAAAGAGCGGCGGAACCCCCGUACUCAGCCCGUUUCGGGUUCUGCUCUUAACGUUUCCUUGAUUUCUCCAGCAGGAAAUAUUCCAUGGAAUCCUUUACUUCCAUUUAAUCACCCAGAUUUUUGGCCGUCGUACCUGUUUCCCAGGCAGGACUACGUCCCGUUAAUCCAGGGAGGAAAUGUUCCACCUGUAUACAUUAAGAACAGCUGGCGGGAUUAUUUUAUCAGUGCGCAGUCGCGUAAUGAAUACCCAAAAAUGAGCAGGUGGAUCCGUGCCCUCAUGUAUCAGAUUAUGGAUCAGCAAGCCAUAUUUCACAUGUACUACCUCGAAAAAAAGCAAGAAGACGAAGGAAAACCGAAAUAUGUUUAUUUUCACCAGUUUGUCAGCACAGGGUUCAUUAAGACAAUUGAAGAGUUCAUAAACAACCACACCUCCAGUCGUGAUCCGAUAAACAGGGAUGCCUUGACCGCUAUUCUGAGGAAUUGGUUCAGAGAAAAUCAACGUACAGUCGUGAAAAAGAAAAUUUUGAAUGAUGAUCCUUCAUCGGUCAACAUUAACAGCAAAAUCGUAGUGGGUUUACGAUACAAGAAAAUUGUUGGAUUGAAAUAGAUUGGGUUUCCCUCUGUACCGUACGUUUGUUCACUUUCCUGAUUUGUAUUCCUUUGCAACUUUCGUUGCAUAUGACAAUAAAUUAUGCUUUUUUCCUGAUUGCAGUGUUGCUCCGUAAUGGUAAUAGAUCGGCCAGUUGCAUGUGCAGAAUAGUAAUGAAAACCCUCGUUCAUACUGCUUAGUGUUUGUAAAC